AUGGCGCAUAGGCGGGUAGAUGACGAUCUCGCUUACGGCGACUCGUAUGGAGAGAGGUGGGACAAGAGUCGCUUCGCUGUUGAGAGUGACCGUAGUCGGCAAGGUCCCGAAAGAGAGCGUUUUGAGGAAACCGACCGUUACUACAAUCGCGGCCCAGGAGGUCGGGUUCGUGAGGCCUCCGUGGAUGAAAGAUUCGAGCGAAGACCGUCACGUCCGUGGGAGGAUGACUUUUCGCGCGAGAAAAGAUAUUAUGAUGAAGGCCCACGUUUUCGUCGCUCCCCACCUCCCGAGUUAGAGCGGCGCCUUGUUAUCGGCCGUGAGCGGGCUGAACGGGAACGUGAACGAGAGUUCCGCCCUCCGUCUCCUCCACGACGACCUGGACAACUAAUCCGGCGACAGUCGUCUCUUGAUACAUUUGAUAGACGGCCCCUACCCAAGUUUUUUGACAGGGAGGAAUCUGAUACCCGCUCCCGUCGCGAUGACUUCCGCCCUGAGCAGUUUAAGCCGACCCCCCUUCCCCGAUCGAGAGCUUUGCCUCCGCCGAGAAUAUAUGCCGAACGAGAAUUCGAUGAGAUCAAGAUCUCAGAGCCCGAUCGCUAUGGCGAUGAAGAAUACCAUGCUUAUCCUGAGCGUGUCCGUGAGAGAGAGGUGGUUAAAUUGAAGAAACGUCGCGAUAGCAGUGCAUCGAGAGAUAAGCGUCGUGGCGGUAGUGUUCGAAGCAGAAGCAUCUCACGCACAUCCGUCUCAUCAGAUGAUUCUAGCAGUACUGGAGGCACUAGCGUUACUGUCAAGAGCGUUAAGAGCGAGUAUCCCAAGAAAGGAAAGACGAGAAUUCCUGAACGACUUGUUUCAAAGCUAGCGCUCAUUGACCUUGGUUAUCCAUAUGUUGAAGAGGGUAACGUCAUUGUUGUGCAAAAAGCUCUCGGUCAACAGAAUAUCGAUGACCUACUAAAGCUAAGCGAAGACUACAAGAAAUCUGAACGAGAAGUUGCUUCCGCUCGCUCUGUUGUCAACCAGACAUAUAUUCGCGAGAGCUCGCCUACUCGCAGUACGCGGAGUCGCCGUAGUCAUUCUACUUCUACGACUCGUACUCCUGUUAUCAUAGAACCCCGAGAAUAUAGCGAAGAACUCGCCGUGGGACCUCUCGCUUUAGUCGGUGACCGGCGGCGAUCGAAUAAAGACAUCAAGAUGGAAAUCGCUCGUUUAGAGGCGGAGCGCGACUUGCUGAAAGCGGAACGACGGCACCAUCACCACUCCCACUCCCGACACCGGUCGCAUAGUCACAGUACCGAUCGAGAACUGGUGUCGGCCGAACGCUUACCGACGGGUGAACUCGUCCUUUAUGAGGAGCAGGUCGAGAGGAUCGAGGAGCCACGGCGUGGGGUUCGCAUUGAGAAGGACAAGAAAGGUAGGAUGUCCAUUAGCGUGCCUAAGUAUCGAUAG